AUGUCGACGGCUCAAGACCAAGAGACUUGCACAGAUUGUGAACCACCUUCAUCAUCCACCCACACUCAACCGGCCAGCACGUCCACGAUGGCUCAUUCGCCCCAACUACCCCAGCCAGUAGGGAUAGGCAAAGAGUCGUUCGAACCUCCCGUUCCUGUCGAUCCUCCCUCAAAGGCUGGACAUGCUACCGAAUAUACAUAUAGGGGACCACCUACUCCUCAACUUGAACAGCCAAAAAAGAUCGAACAACCUGAGAAUGUGGAGAGAGAAAAGGGAGAUUUGACUCCUCCCUCCACUAAUUCCCAUCAGCAGAAUUCUACUACCAAUACCGAUAGCAACACGACGACGGUAUUCCAGGCUCCGGAUUUGAAAGAGGUCAAACCUAGUGUGAUCAUUGAAUUUUGUGAUAGAUGUAGAUGGGCACCAAGAGCAACAUGGAUCCAAACCGAAUUAUUCUUAACAUUCCCCAACCCCCUCCUGCGAUCCAUCACACUCAUACCGCUCAACGCACCUGAAACAGGAGGUAGGUUCAGAGUAUGGUUGGAUGGUGGAGACGGUAUGGGAGAUCAGCUAGUAUGGGAUAGGAAGACCGAAGGUGGUUUCCCAGAAUUGAAAGUCCUCAAACAGAGAAUCAGGAAUAUCAUCCAACCUGAUUUGAGUCUCGGUCAUUCCGAUGCACAUGGUAAAGAACAAGAGAAAGAGUCGAAACAAGAGACUGGAUUGGGUAAUUGGAGUAUUCACUAA